ACCUCUUUAUUGGAUGGACUCGUGCAGUGUUACCACUUUUGCAUCGUUAAUUUACGUUCGAAAGAACUAGGAUAAUUGAAAUACGCACCAGCCUAUACUCGGCACGGGGCAGUGCAUUUGUGUAACCGCUAUUAGAAGUCAAAUCAUGACUUCGUGCCGAUCGCAAUCCUGUAGCCGCUUUUAUCUAGCCCUAGUGUUCGCGAUUUUGCGAAACGCGUGACGCGUCUUGACAGUAUCGAUGUGGACAAUAUUAUUAUUACCGAUCAUUCAGUGCAGACGACAAUGUCUGGAAGCAGCGAUUCCGAAGAAUUUUUUGACGCGGAGGAUGAUAGUUUCCAACGUAAUUCACGGAGAAGUAAACAGCGCGAUUCCUUUAGUAUUGAAAUUCGAUCCAAGGAUAGUUCAGAUGUACUUGCUUCGGCAGUACAUAUAUUAAAAUUGGAUAGUUCAGAUAUUUCUAAAAAAGCAGAUGAUGAUGAUGAUGUUUUUGUGAAACCUGCUGAACCAAAAUCAAUUGUAGAACCAAAGGAUGAUUUAUCUAUAGAAUAUGUAUCUUGUAAAGACAAAUCAGAAGAAGAUGGGAAAGAAACGAGUGCAGAUAAAAUUGUUGGUCGUAGAAGAUUCCGUGAACUUCGACAACGCAUGCAAACAGAAGAUGAUGAUAUCCCAAUUAAUAGUUCCCCUCCAGAUAGUCAAACAUCAUCCAUCGAGGGCGUUUAUCCUGCUCCUUCGAAAACGACACAUCCAUUUAGAAUCAUUGAACAUGACACUCUUAGCCUACAAAGCAUGACCUCUUUAGGACGAGUGGGUCGAAUUUUAGCUGGAGUUGGGGACAGUGCUUCUGCUGUACUCGUAACAAACGUACCCCAGUGUCCUCCUUCUGCCAUCCUUACCCGAGAAAGCCAGAUGUCCUCCAUUGCUAGUAUUCCAAGCAAAGACGAGGACACAGUAUCUGGUAAGGUGUCCCAGUCCUCCAGCAUCCUUACGUUAUCAGGGGAUAUCCUUCAGGAAUCCUCUGUUAACAGUAGGUCAAAUUAUUCUUCUCACUCACAAAAUGAUAAGACUGUUAUGCUUCAAGAACCCGAUGUCAUCGCUAGUACAAAGAAUAACGGAAAAUCAAGCGAAGAUGUAACUGUGGUCAGAAUACCUGUUGCUCCACCCAGACGUAAAAAAAAGUCAAAAGCUCAGACACCUACUGACCUUGCUCCUUCCACAACGGAAUCAGUGCUCCCUGCAUCGCCACUACCGAGUCCAGCAAGUACGAUUGAGUCGAUCACGAGGGAAUUUGAACAUUCGCUUGAUAUUAGAUCUGCGACAAAGGGACAGUAUGUUGUUAAACCACAAGACGAAGAUAAAUUAAAAGCAGAAGGACCGUCAGUUGAAGAAUUGGAAAGAUUAGAAAGAGUCAAAGCUGAAUUAAUGAGCGUGAGAUCAAGCGACAAAUCCAGUAGUCCAAUGGGUUCCAUGUCCAGUAACAGUAUUGGUCGUUACUCUUUGGGUCCCCAUAAACUUACAGGUAUAAGCUCUCCCGGUUCAAAGGAGAGACGGAAAUCUGCUGGUGAUCAAGAUAUGGUCAAACAGUUAAAUAUGUUCGUGAGAACGAGAACGGAUUCCGGCAAACGCCUAACAGACAUGGUGUUUGUUUCCUUUCAGGAAAUAUUGGAACAAGUAACCGUAUUAAACUUAGACACUGGUGAAAGAGUGCCAUUAAGUAUAGCGGAAGAUAAGCUACCACAGUGUAUUAAUCCUUUAUCGCUUCAUAUUAUGAGACUCACCUCGGAAUAUAUUAGCAAUUCUAGUCUCGAGAAGGAGAAAGAAAGUGACGAGGAAAGUGUUGACAGUAAAAUGUCCAGUAUACCGCCAGACGAGGACGUUUCUGUCGGCAGAGUUCGGAAGAGGACUCAAAAGAUCAAACGAUUUUUAGGAUCUACUGUAAAAAAGACAAUGGACAAAGCAAAGUCUAUCGCGCAGGAGGUGUCGCAUGCAAGGCACAAGGAAGACGUUAUGGACAUAGUAGACGACGUUUAUCCUGGCGAACAGCAAUAUAUCAAAUUAAAAGCAUCCAACAGUCACAAAGGACCGUACGAAUUCAGUUGUCUGCAACAUGUUCAGGACUUGAGUGGCGAACACGUGGGCCCUGUUUGGUGUAUGAAAUUCUCUGCCUGUGGACGAUUGCUUGCGACAGCAGGACAAGAUCGAGUUUUGAGAAUUUGGGUUCUGCGCGACGCUUUUAGAUAUUUUCAGGACAUGCGAACUAAAUAUAACGCGGAGAAAGUUAGUCCUACGCCUUCACAGGAAUCUCUGGUCUCGCAACAAUCAAUGGAAGAUCCCAAUGUUGUGGCUAGUGCCUUCAGUGAAAUCGAGGGGACGAAAAGUCCGUUCAUGCCGAAGCCGUUUUGCACUUACACUGGCCAUACCUCGGAUUUGCUCGACGUCUCCUGGUCUAAAAAUUACUUCAUUCUGUCUUCGUCGAUGGACAAAACCGUGCGGCUGUGGCAUAUAUCGACGAAGGAGUGUCUAUGUUGUUUCCAGCAUAUUGAUUUCGUUACAGCGAUAGUAUUUCAUCCUCGUGACGAUCGAUACUUCCUGUCAGGAUCCUUGGACGGUAAACUACGAUUAUGGAACAUCCCGGAUAAGAAAGUCGCCGUGUGGAGCGAAGUCGAUGGUCAAACCAAAUUAAUCACCGCUGCCAACUUCUGUCAGAAUGGAAAAUUCGCGGUGGUAGGCUCGUACGACGGCCGAUGUAUAUUUUACAAUACGGACCAGCUGAAGUAUCACACGCAGAUUCAUGUCCGAUCGACCAGAGGUAAAAACUCGACGGGAAGAAAGAUCAGCGGUAUCGAGCCCAUGCCCGGCGAAGAUAAGAUCCUGGUCACCUCGAACGAUAGUCGUAUACGAUUGUACGACUUGAGGGAUUUGAAUUUGUCAUGCAAAUAUAAGGGUUAUGUUAACGUCAGUAGUCAGAUUAAAGCGAGUUUUAGCCCCGACGGGCAAUACAUAGUUAGCGGUUCGGAGAAUCAGUGCAUUUAUAUCUGGAAAACCCAUCACGAUUAUUCGAAAUUCUCUAGCGUACGUAGAGACCGAAAUGACUUCUGGGAAGGCAUCAAAGCUCACAACGCUGUAGUGACAUGCGCAGUAUUUGCACCAAAUCCAGAUAGUAUUAUUAAACAAAUUGAAGAGAGGGAGCAGUGGAAAACCAAGGAAGACGCGAAACAUCUAGCUAGUUCAACCGUAGACGUUCCUCCAGUUGAUCCAGUGGUUGAACAGCGCACCAAAGGCUGUGGUGGCCAUGUUCUCGUGAGCGCUGACUUCAAUGGCUGCAUAAAGGUUUUUGUAAAUAAAACGAAACCUAAGCAUAGUUCCCUGCCGGCGUCCGCUCUUGCAUAACAUCACAUUAAGUUCACCUACGCACUAUUGUUAAUAACUAGACAAUGCUAUGGACACCAGUAUAUGAUAUACACAUAUAUCCUAGAUCAGUCGCCGAUGCAAAACAUAUAUCUAUGUUUUGCAUCGACGAAUGAUCUAGGAUUCACUGAACGCUGUUUUUCAAAGUAAACCGCGAUUGUGCUACGAAUUUUCGAUGACAGAAUAUUUUCUGAUAGAGGAUUAUUUCACGAUUAAAAGCUUCCAAAAUCUAAUUAGUAAUACCAAAAUUAACUUAGCAACGUCCGUGAGUUAGAUCUUCCGACGAUGUUUCAGGAUGCUUUCUGAAAACAAGUGGGAAGUUUGAUUCGCGACGGAUCGAUUAAAUCAUUGUAACCGUAUUAUUUUCACUAAAGCUUUAAGUAAGCCAUACGAGAGACGCGUAUAGUUUUUUAACAUGUAUUUUCAUUACCUUCGACGUUUUUCUUUUAUUCUUUUUAUUUUUCAUUUCACACGAUAUUUUUUUAUUGACUUUUCUUUUCUUGUAUUUAUAUUAUAUUUCUUUCGGUGCUGGUCCACUGUGAUCAUUUUACGUUUUAUAAAAACGGAUUGCCAGAACGGUGUCACUAGUAUGGGGAAGGAAUGUGCGGGAGCAGCGAGUGACAUCGCACGUUUCGAUUUAAUUUAUAAAAAGCGAAGAGCACCUUGGUGACAAAAAGGUAUAAACGGGCACGCAUGCGACGGUCGAGUAGAAAAAGAAAAUCAAUGAUCGAACGAAUCAUAUGGAUAACCGGAAAACUUACAGAUAUAUUCCCUGGUGAUCCAUUGUUAGACAAAUGUUGAAUAGUAUCUACAAAGUUUAAUGAAAAUCAAACCGGAUUUUCGGAUCCUAAUGGUUUCUAAAAGUAUAUACUCUAUAAAACUUUACCGUGAUAAGAUAGCGUAAUACAUCGAAGACAAUAUUUAGAAAGAAAAAAAAUAAAUAAAAAAUGAAGGGAAAAAAAUACAGCGCGGGGCGGAAGAGUUGAGAAUGCAUCAUCGUUAAGUUUUUCUACAAACGCAGUUUAUAUUUUAGAGACGACCUCACAAUGUUCAAUAUGAAAGUUAAUUGUUCGACGUAUCAUACGGAUCAUCAUUUGAUGUUGCGCUCUAUAUAAAACGCAGUUAUAAAUUUAAUCGAUUAUAACUAAGCGCAAGACUUGUCUUGCAUAUAAUCAUUAAUUAUGUACCGCAAAGAGUUAACAUUACAUGCUCACAACACUCGCUAUGUUCGGUGUUCGACACGACGUCGUAACCGUGUGUCGCUUUGAUUUGAUUUCGAACGAGAAAACAAAGGAGUAAUAAAAAUCAAUGAAAAAAAGUGCAAAAAAAAAUGAAAAAAAGCAAACAAACAAAUGAAUAAAAAGCUGUUGUGCGAAAUAGUAUUUCGCAAUGUGUCAAUUAUAGCGGCGAAGUUGUGCCGUGUAAUACAAGAAAUGACGGCUUAAACGCUGUUCGGGAACUCUGCAUUUUACGAUUCUCGAUUUAUUUGAUAAACUAUGUCGUAAAAGGUGAUGCGUUAUUCCAGUCGCGAGUUGAAGCACGAUGAUGAUGAUGAUGAUGAUGAUGGUAGCCGCGAGAUCUAUCCGGUGCCGCGGCCAUAAUUGAACGAUCAAAUUGCCGGUAUACGGUGUAUUUUAUUUGUAUCGCAAACUCGAUGUAAAUACACAGGAAAGAAAUGUAGGUAUUUUGUGUAUAAAUGCAAUUGUAAAUAAUAUAUAUUAAUUCGAGGCGAUAGUAUCGAUCGCUUAUUAACGACAGUCAUUUCGACAGCGGCGUGCACAAAACUAUUGUUUGUGAUCUCGUAGUAAGCAGUAAUCAUGUAAUAUAUUAAUGUAUCAAUAGUGUAUUCAUGUAUGGAAAUGUGUCUGUUUUUUAAGUUGACGUCACACAGCAAUAUACAUCAACUUUACAUUAAAUUAUUGAAGAUCAA